AUGGCAGAAAAAAAUGAAAGUUCUAGCACUCCUCUCUGGUUAAAAAGCCGGGAAGAAAUUAUAGCGGCAACUCCUCCAAGCGUUUGGCGUGGCAAAGUGCCAAAUUAUGCUGAAAUAAAUGAGAAGCUUAGCGUUCAGCGUCAGAAGCACUUUGAACCUAACUCCCUGGAGGAGCUAGUUUCAAAUUUAGUUCGUUGCUUUGAGAUGGAGGCCACCCAUAAGGCAAACCCCGCAGAUUGGAUUUCGGUCGAUCACAACGUAUUUGUUAUGACUGUCAAUGGCGGUCCGGCUGUUACCAUUAAAGACCUUGUGACAAAAGGUGGUUACAACGUUUUCAUUGGCGAUCAACCUGGCUACAACGCGUCUGAAAGUAAUUAUGAAAAGUCAGAAGAGGUUUUCCGCAAUGCCCUGAGACAAGGGUUUCUGUGGGAGCUUCUCGAUUUGAAAACAGACUUACCCAAGGCUUAUCUGAAAUGGAGACACUGGGGCAUCAAAGACGGUGAAUUCAACGGCCAUAAAGGGGACGGCAGCCUACUCGAGUUCCCAGGCUCAAGUGUGGUAACGCUCAAUGACAAAAUGCAGAUCAUCAAGUUAGAGCAUGAAUUUGAUGCAGCGGGAAUCAUUGCUUCACUGUCAGGUAAAUGUCCGAUGGCGAAAUAA